AUCGUGUAAACUAUAGGCUAAAGUAUGAUGACUGUGGUAGACGUCUGUCUCUUUAUCUCACAUCCAUACAACCAGUACUGCUCUGGAUUUUCUUUGUCCUGGACCCCAAACUUCUUUGGGGUUACAUAAUUCUGUUGGCUUGCUGUAAAUGUCCAUCAUUCAAGUUUUCUGGAAAGAUCAUCAUAACACAUUGAACUUUUCUUUUACAAACAGGAUAAAAGAAUUAGAGUGUCUCAACCCCUAACAAGAGGACCAAGUGCCUUUAUCCCAGAGAAGGAAGUUGUCCAAGCAAACACGGUGGAUGAACGAACAAACUUUCUUGUGGAAGAGUACUCUACAUCUGGUCGCCUGGACAACAUCACACAGGUGAUGGGCUUGCACACUCAGUACCUGGAGUCUUUCCUGAGGAGCCAGUUCUACAUGCUGCGUAUGGAUGGCCCCCUUCCCCUCCCAGACAGGCACUACAUUGCCAUCAUGGCUGCAGCCAGACACCAGUGUUCCUACCUAAUAAACAUGCAUGUGGAUGAAUUUUUAAAGACUGGAGGGAUUGCUGAGUGGCUGAAUGGCUUGGAAUAUGUACCACAACGACUGAGAAAUCUUAAUGAAAUUAACAAGCUGCUGGCACACCGGCCCUGGCUGAUCACGAAAGAGCACAUUCAGAAACUUGUCAAAACUGGAGAGAAUAAUUGGUCACUGCCUGAGCUAGUGCACGCCGUGGUCCUCCUGGCUCACUAUCAUGCUUUGGCCAGCUUUGUUUUUGGUAGUGGCAUCAACCCUGAGAGAGAGCCGGGAAUCUCCAAUGGAUUCAGACUAAUCUCGGUGAACAGCUUCUGCGUCUGUGAUCUGGCUAAUGACAACAGCAUUGAGAACACAUCCCUUGCAGGCAGCAACUUUGGGAUUGUGGAUUCACUAGGUGAGCUAGAAGCCUUAAUGGAAAGGAUGAAGAGGCUUCAGGAAGACAGGGGAGAUGAAGAGACGACUAGGGAAGAAAUGACCACACGUUUUGAGAAGGAAAAGAAAGAAAGUCUCUUUGUGGUUCCUGGAGAGAGUUUCCAUUCAUUUCCUCACUCAGAUUUUGAAGAUGACACUAUCAUAACAGCUGAUGUCUCUCGAUACAUCGAAGACCCAGGUUUUGGGUAUGAGGACUUCGCCAGGCGAGGAGAAGAGCAUUUACCAACAUUCCGAGCCCAGGACUACACCUGGGAAAAUCACGGGUUCUCACUGGUGAACAGACUUUACUCUGACAUUGGGCAUCUCCUGGAUGAGAAGUUUCGAAUGGUCUACAGUCUCACCUACAACACAAUGGCCACCCAUGAGGAUGUUGACACGACCACGCUACGCAGAGCAUUGUUCAACUACGUUCACUGUAUGUUUGGAAUCAGGUAUGAUGACUAUGAUUAUGGGGAAGUUAACCAGUUACUUGAACGGAGCCUGAAGGUUUACAUCAAGACAGUGACCUGCUACCCUGAAAGAACCACAAAGCGCAUGUAUGACAGCUAUUGGCGGCAGUUCACACACUCAGAGAAGGUCCACGUGAAUCUGCUUCUGAUGGAAGCUCGGAUGCAAGCUGAGCUGCUUUACGCCCUGCGUGCCAUAACUAGGCACCUGACCUGAAGCGCCCCCAGGAGCGUGCCAGCAUGUGUCAGGGCCUCUCACACAGGACUCUUCUUCAGAACUUGUUUGUGAAGCGGCCUCAGCAGUUAUUCAGUUCCCUAGUGUCCAAGUUUAGCUGUCGGGGUCCUUUGUUUUUGUUUUUGUUUUUGUUUUGUUUUGUUAGUGUUGUUAGGGUUUGAUUGGGGGGGGUUGUUUGUUUGGUUUUUUUUUUCUGGCUGUAAUGUGCAAUGGUGUGUUUUAUAUUUCUCAAUGCUUAACAUUGCUAACAAUUGCAAAAGUAACCCUGACGAGCACUACUUUACAUUGCUUAGAGUUGGAUUUUGGAUCUGACCAUAAAUCAUGAACUGGUUUGUUAAUGCUUCACUUCAGGACUUUGGAGUUCAUGUGUAUUAUUUUUCUUUACUUUAAAAAAAAAUAAGGAAAAAGUGCUUACCAUCUGCUCAAGAAGUUGUUUUUCAGAAUCAACAUUCAGGAAAGAAUGGUGUCCUCUACGGCUCUGAAAUGCCCACUUGUGCCCUGAGUCUGGGAAAAACAUGUGCUGCUGAACCAAGCUGCUCCUGGGAUACACCUGUGUCCCCAGGGGACAAUCAGGCACUAUUCUGUUUUUGUUUUUCUAAUUGUUUUCUUACACUGCUAUUGGCAAUAACGUGAAAUGUGAUACAGACAUCGUCCAUAAUUUAAUGUGAAAUUAAUUAUGAUCAAUUCAAAAGCAUGCUACUGAAAUGCCAAAUUCAGCUACUUUCUUUGUCUUCUAAAACAGAGGCCUCAUUUUCCCACAUGGCUGCCUGUGUGGCAGUGGACUUAGGCACAGUUUCCUGAGUCCUGCACUGUGGUCCUCCGUCAUGUCUAGUAGCUGGUGGCCACGGUGCUGCUUACACUUGGCACACACAAACCCACACCAGAUAACCCCGACCAAAUGUCUCUUUGCACCUUCUCCUUUUCUGAGAGUUAAGGAAGGCUAGUUAACAUGCCCCUGUUUUUUCCUGUUACACUAUUGGAAAUUAUUUGACAUGAUUUUCUUCUUCUAGUAGAUUAAGUCAUUUGUUAUUCAAAGGUAACAAUUGUGUUUCUGUGCAUUAAUGUGAUUGAGCAACAACAAAACAGUGCAAUGUUUUUAAAAAUCAACUCAACUUCUCCCUAUCAUGUCACUGCAGAAGUGUCCUUUUAAACAGAGCCAUAAAGAAAUGAUCUUCAAAUUUCUUUAUUGUGCUUGGUGUUUUUCAGUUUUACCUUGCUGAGGUUGACCCAUGAUUUCACCAUGCCAAAGCAUUCAUUCCCCAGAAAAAUCUGUUUGGACAACUAGUUUUAAAAUAAGAAAUGCAUUGUCAUAGGGGAGAAAAAAAGGCCGCCAAAAAGUCACACUUUUGCAUCAAUUUGUGUUGUUUGAUUAGACUAUCUUCAGAGAGCACAACCUUAUGUGUUUAUAGCUUUAAUUUGCAUUAUGUUAAUGAACCAGUGAAGUGCCUAGAGAGCUGCUACAGCACCCAGAGGACUCAGCUGCACGGCUUAAGCACCUUACUCAAUGAAAGGUGACUUGUAUUUUACACAUACAUGCUAACGUCGAACAUACCUGUCUCUCUCUCAUAGUAAGUCAUCCGGGAGCUCCCACAGAACGCUCACUAAGGGUUUCCCUGUUAUGUGGGUGUAUUUUUUCUCUUAUGAAAGAGUUGUGGGCUGGUAUUCUGUUAGACUGUCCUGUCUGCCGUCCUUUUCUGGGAUGUUAGCUCCUUUUGCUUAGCACUGUUCUAGAGAGGAGAACAGCAAUGGCUACAGAGCAGUCAGCAUAGGUAGUUCUGUGUUUUUAGACUCCAGGAUCUUGUUUAAAUCCUCCAUGUGAGGAAGAAGUCACUAGGAUUUUGAAGACAGGGUGACUCCUUUAGAGACUGUUGAGAGAGCUUGUGCCAGACUCUCUGUGUUCUGUUUGUUGUGUGCACUGCGUUCAUCAUCUUCUUUAGAUAUAUAUGAACUACAAGGAAAGUAUUUAGAGGAAUGGCAAAAGACAGGUGGUGGCAUAAAUGGCCAUGUGUGCUUUCCCCAAUUUUAAGGCUUCCGAAUUUAGGAUAUAGUUUAUUAUUGCAUUUUUUAAAUGAUAGAAAACUGUUUCAUUUCAUAGCCCCAUGUUUUUGUUCAGGUAAACAGACUAAGAGGAGAAAUUCAGAUCCCUGAAAAAGCUUUAAACCAAAAGGGAAAGCGGUCACUUUUUGAUUUUGGUUUUGUGUUGCCCCUUAAAUGUAAGUAGAGAUUGGACUGUGGAAAUAUUAGUGCCUUUAAUAGAUAUCUCUCCUCGAAAAACUUCCUUUUAGUUCAACAGACCAAUCAAUAAUCAGAAAAAACAAGUUGACUUGGAACCAUGAAUAAAAACACAGCAAUGUAUUUAUGAACCUCAGUGAACCGGCCUCAAAAACUUGGUUUGUGAAGGUGGCCCCACCUCCAUGCUACAGAUGCACCCAGCAUUCCCAGCUUGAAUGCUGCUGUAAGAGUUGCCUGUCAACCCACUUCAUCCAGUACAAACUUGAAAUUUUGAUGCGGUUUUCCAGGGUGGCAUUUCUUUUCAGAGUAUUGACUUUACAAUGUAGUAAUUUAUAGUGUAGCUUUUUAUACUGAAAUGUGAUAUUUUUCAAAGGAGCUAUCUGACUCAGUCGGUGUAAUAACAGAGCCUGUGGUAAGCUGAGCUACACCCAGGGCUCACAUUGUGCCAAACAGAAGCAAGUGUGUGAGUGUGUGGGAAGAGCACAUCUGAGUGGGAAGCCCUCAACUCCUUGCUCCUUGUGUUAAAAUCAGCCUGAUAACCCUGAUGGACAUGCUGGAAUAAUGUUGUCCAAUAUGGAAUUUCACAUUUGCCAGCAUCUGUGCUAAUUCUUAAUUUCUCAGCUCACUAUCAGAAACAUCAAGGAAACCAGACAUGGUGGCACAUACCUGUAAUCCUAAUACAUGGAAGCCUGAGGCAUGAGGAUGGUGGUUUUGAGUCCAGCCUGGGCUACAUAGUGAGUUCAAGGCCAGUUUGAGCUACAUAGUGACACCUUGUCUCAAAAAUUAAAAAAGAGAGAAAAAGAAAUAUGUAAGCACCCUCACACAUGAAAGUGGGUCUGAUCUUCAACCCACUUGACUGUGGGAGUGGUCAGAGUGCUCUGAUGCUGCCCUGGAAGUGGCUUCCUCAGGCAGACUCAGGCUACUCUGAUGGAAAAAGGCUUUUGAGGUGGACUACUUUUAAAAAUAAGUACCUUGUCUCAGUCCAAGGAAUAAUCAGGAGUAGCUGACAUGGAGUCCUGGGUGUAGCCUUGGCCUUUUGAACCAGUUUUAAACCCAGUAAUAGCACAGCUGUACAGGGCUAUUUUUAAAAGAGAAAACUCAAGUAAGAUUUAUAUAAAGGUCAUGUAAAAUUUGAACCAGACACCUAUUUUGUUUGUGUUGUGUCUGUUAAAGAUUCUACAUCAUUCUAAAAUCUAAUGGAUAUCAUCCAGGGAAGUACUUCCUCCCGCACCUCAGAAGGUUUUGCUAAUCCAAAAUCAUAGAAUUUUAUGCCUCACCAAAGUAAAUUUAUCAGCAAACAGUUAUAGAUUGACUACUACUUAAAAUAGUCAUCACUUCCAGUGGCAAGUGCAUGUCUGUAUAAUGGCAAGGCUCCUUUAAACUGUAAGAUAAGGACAAAGAAUAAAUCCAAUGUGCCAUAGAAAUGGUAUGUGCUGCAACAGGCAAAUGAGGCUUUUACUUGGUGUUGUGUUUAAGGACAAUUAGAAAUCACCACUCUCAUUCUCUGCAAAACAGACCAUUUUGCAUGGAAUAAAAAACAUGCAAGAUGAUCCACCCACAUAUGCAGUAUAUAAGCAUUCUUAGUGGUACCUCACCAGCAAACAGAAAGGCAAUCCUCAGAAAAGGGCACAGUAAGCCACAUGUCCAUGCAGUUGGAACCAGUUGUAUCUGGCCAUCAUUGUGCACUGUUCCCUACUGUACCUCUGCCUCUGAAGACUCAGAUGCAGGCUCACUGUUUCCUUGCAGCAGGCCAUAACAUGAGUGUAUCCUGUCAGUUCACAGAGCAUUAACCCACACAUCUGCAGCUUAUUCCACUGCUAAACUGGCCCCAUCAACAGUACCUGCUUAGGGAAGACCAAGAAUAGAAAAGGCUGGUGUGAAGUGGGUCUGGAGUGGAAGUGUGCACCAAGGCUGAGCCCUGUGAGGAAGAAAAGUUUCCAGGAACACUUGGAACACAGAGCUGAGAUUCUGGCUGUCCUUGGCACAUGCACCUGCUAUACAGGUGGGAGCUCCCACCAGCCUUCAUCCACCCUUUCCUGCCUUUUUCUUCCUCCAAGUGCCUCAGCCACCACUCACACUUCUCCCCUCCCCACGCCUGUCUGUGUCGAACAUCACCAGCGACCUGCUGAGCAUCCAGUAUGUCUUUUUCUCUGUAUGUCUUCCCCCAUCAUUAAAAAUAUGGCUUUCCCAAACCCCCUUCCAGUCUCUCCAUUAUCCAUCUAUUUUUUUUUUUUUUUGCCUUGGACACCUUACAAGAUAUAUCACAGCAUCCAUUCUGUCCUGCCCACCCCCUGCUGUUCAUACCCUCUUCCCAGCUGCCAAAAUAUCUUAUUCUCCUCUACCUCAUCCCCAAAGAGCCUAUAAAUUCAGAGCACCCAGCCUUCUCAUGUGUUCAUUCUCUGUUGUUCAGUAAUACUACUCCAUAUUUUAAAUAAAUCAUAAAACAUUUGCCUUCUAUCAAAGUAGGAACCUUUAUAUUUAUACAUGAUACAGAAAUUGAACUAUUUCUACCAUGCAGAAUUUAACAUUUAGCAAGAAUUCAAAGUGAUUGAAUUUCUAGCCUAACUUGGUCCCAAUUAGAUGGUAAAUACUGGUAAUAGUCCCAGUUGCUUGAAUGCAGAGUUAGAAUUCUCCCACACUCCGGAUGAGCCUCUAAGUCUUCAGUGGGACACAGAAUCCCUGGCAGCAAAUGAACAGUAUGUUGUCAUCCAUUUCAUUGGUGGUGUUUGGGCCCGAAAACACAUUCUUCAUAGAAGGACAUCUGAUAAAAGGUAUUUGUUUAGAGGGUCAGAUUGGAUCACAUUAGCCUAUUUGCUGUGCAAUGUAGAUAAAAAUCCCACAAAACCAAGUACAAGAGUAUUUGACUCAAUUAACUAAGCUUCUAAUCCCAAUCCUCCCCUGUUAUCACUGGAAGAAAAGCUACUUUGUGGGAUAAGAAGGACAUGUAUUGGCUUGAGUCUUGCCCCCCAAGUUGUUCUUUGUAUAUGCCCAGAUAGUGUCAUUGAGGAGGAGGACAUUACACUGCUUCUUCCCUACAGCCAGGCUCCUAACAGGAGCCAUAUGCCCACAUAGAGAUGGUGAGCGGUCCUGUUUGGGAGUGUAGAUCUGAGAUCUCUGAUGAUCCUCAGAUGUUUCCACCCCAGACACAAGCACCCUAUUUGCAAUGCCCGAUUAAUGCAUUUAAGGACCCAAGAGUGCAGAAGGGAACCUAGUUAGGCAAUGACCUGGUGGCUUAAAGUGGUACAUAAUGAAGUAUUUAUUUAGCUUUAACUGAAUUAGGUCUGCACUGCCAUGAAGUACAGAAUGAAUUGAAAGCAUGUGGAAACACUUAAGGUAAUCCAGCAUGUGCCACAAAGUAGCCUAUAGAAUGAGCACCCCACUUUAUAGUACAUAGGACCCCUAACAUUAAAAAUUGAAAUAUGAUAAAUAUAACUUUGGUAUGUAAAAUUUUGCUAAAACUGUUUAUUUCUUACUUCAAGUAACCUCUUAAAAUGAAUGUAUCAUUUCUACAGAAAGAAUGUUAAAAGAGAGUCUGUGAAAUGUUGCUCAUGGGUACCACUGAGUUAAAUGUACACAUUAUAUCCAGAAGAAACCUGAUUUCCUCAUUGAUCUUUACAAACUUUAACUGAGUCUGAUAAAAGAACAAAAGGUAGGAUGAAGGAAAUGUAUCAGGUGAGUGGCCAAGGAUUUUCCUUUGCAAAGCAGAGACAUCUUUCCUGAAUCUCACUGGUUUCCCAAAAUAGAAGCUGAGUUGAAUGGUACCCUGUCCACCAAGGAAAGUGAUCCAUACUUUACAACUAGUAUAAACAUUUCUUUUGUAUUUAGAUGUCUCUGCAGAGAGAGAAAGUAGAAAUUUUUCCUAUCUCUUUCUUGUCACAUUGACUCUUUUAAUCCAAAACAAGAUGGACCUGAAAGCAAGUACCAGGCCACUUGGCAUCUUCUCCUUACUAAUUGAAUAGGUGCACAGAGUCUGGGCAAAGUAAACCAGAGCCCUGUCAGGCCACCCUGGAAAUAUGACCUCGCCACUUGGCUUACCUCCUUCAAACCUGAAAGAAACAUCCCUCCCAUGGAAGAACUGGAUGUAGCUUUUAACUAUGAAAUAGGAGUUGAACUUGAAAAUCCUUCUGAAUCCUGUUUGUGCAAGGCAGCUGCAUAAUGAAUGUAUCCAUGAAGACUGUAGCUGAAUUGCACGAGUCAGAUGCCAACUUCAUGACUUUCCAUGUAGACAUCAUCUUCUUACGUUGUGAAUGAUGUAUGUAGCAUGCUGUGAAGCAUCUGUUCUAGUUCUUAAUUCAUCAGUAUUAAUACAGAGUUACCCUUGCGUUCCUUGGUACUUUAUAUUCAAUGUAAUCAGAAGCUGUGAUUUUUUGCCUUCGUAGUCCUGUGCUUUGUUGCUGUAUUUUCCUUAUGAAGCACGUGACUUGGGACUCAUGUAAGGUGGAUAACAUGAUCUUGAAGACUGCUAUACACACACACACACACACACACACACACGUCUCUUACUCUGUAUGGUUUUAAGUUAGGAUAAGCUUUCUCCAAUAGACUAUUGAUGCAGGUUAGGGUCCACAAGUUCACUGUCAAGUGGCAGCAUCCUCUUUAUAGUUUCAAGUCUGAAAAUAGCAAGUUUUAUCGACAGCCACUUCACCCUUGUUCUAACAGAGCAGACCCUCUGUAGAUAUAGACUGUGGUGGUUAUCGAUAACGCCCUCCACAUGCAUUAGCAGUUCUGGAGAUGACAGAACCCAUGAGAGCUUCUUGUAUGUAUAAGUAGGCUUGGUUUUUGUCUGUAUGUUUCUAACUUGACAGUUCUGACUAAAGCUGAACCAAACGGGCCAGCUUGUGUGUAGUACCCUCGUGCUUUAAUGCCUCUCUUCUUGUUCUGCUGUUGUUAUUUUUGUUUUUUGAGGGAUGGGUAAUAUUAUUUGAACAGAUAAAGAAGGAACUGUUAGUGAAUCAAGACAAACACAUCUGAAAUAAAGGAACUGUGUAUUAACAUGUUAACAAUUCAUAACUGCACUUUUUAUGACAUUUUGAAAAUCUAUUUAUAGGUACAAAACAAUGGGUUUUGUUAAACUGUAUCACGUUUAUACCUGCAGAAUUUAUUUCAUUGUUAUUAGUAGGAAUUUUAUUGGUUCAAUAAAAUUGGCAAAACUUAUCCUGCUUUC